AUGCUGCACAAACUCCCGACAGUCAUUCUUGCUUUUAAAGGUGUUACAGGAGCGACAAACAUGAACGAGCACAGUUCCCGAUCUCACGCCAUCUAUACUAUUACCUUGGAAUGCAGUGAGAACAUGGACCGGGAAAAACCUUUGUUGCGUCAGGGCAAAUUGCAUUUGGUCGAUUUGGCGGGAUCAGAACGUCAAACGAAAACUGGUGCAAGUGGGAAGCGUUUACAAGAAGCCAAUAAGAUAAAUUUGUCCCUUACUACUCUGGGUAAUGUGAUCUCCGCUCUGGUCGAUGGUAAAUCGACUCACGUGCCAUAUCGAAAUUCGAAACUCACACGAUUAUUGCAGGACUCACUUGGUGGCAAUUCGAAAACUGUGAUGAUCGCUAAUAUCGCUCCAAGUGAUUACAACUACGAAGAAUCGUUAAGCACACUUCGUUAUGCAAAUCGAGCGAAGAACAUCAAGAAUAAUGCCAAAAUCAACGAGGAUCCGAAAGAUGCUAUGCUUCGACAGUUCCAGAAGGAACUGGAGCAGUUACGCAAACAGUUGGAAGAAGAUGGAGAACCUAGCGGGACCCUGGCUAACGGUGAUGAGGAUAGUGGCGGCGAGGACAGCGACACGAAUGAUGCGACCGAGGGUGUUAACAGAGAGAAUAGAAGCAAACGUUUCAAACGUGGUCCAUACAAACUUAGCAAACAGAAAAUGACAGAGAUUCAACGAAUGAUUGAGUCCGAUCGCAAAAAGUUGGAAGAACAAAAGGAUAUGGCUUUGGAAGAACGCAACAAAAUCCAGGCACAUUUAGAAAUUAAAGAAGCUGAAUUGCGCAAAGCGAAGGAGGUUCAGAUAAAUUUGAUGAAGCGCAUGGAAGCGUUGCAAAGUCGUAUUAUUGUGGGUGGUGAAAAUCUGCUGGAGAAAGCUGAACUGCAGGAACGUCUGUUGGAACGGUCUGCGUUGGAAUUGGAGAAACAACAUAAACGGGCUGAGCAGCUGCAUCAGAAAUUGAAAGAGAAAGAAGAGGAACGAAUAAAUAUCGAAGAAAAAUACAACAGCUUGCAGGUAAAUGAGAUCGAAUGA